AUGAGCAAGGAAUUUACGCGGGAGGAUUUGAAGCAUCAUGACGGCAAGGUGCCAGACAAACCUAUUCUUGUUGGCUUGAGGGGUAAAGUCUAUGACGUGACUGCCGGCGCCAACUUCUAUGGGCCCGGAGGUCCAUACAACUGCUUUGCCGGAAGAGACGCAUCAAGAAUGCUGGGAAAGAUGCAAACGGAACCAGACGCCCUUGAUCCCUCCACCGCCGACUUCGGAGAGAAGGAGCUUCACAGCUUAAACCACUGGGAAAAGUUUUUUUCCGACAAGUACUCGCUCGUGGGGACCAUCAGAGACUGA